GUUUUGUAAGGGGAGAGAGAUAGAGGAUGGAGGAGGGAAAAGAGGCGUUGUUGUCGCCGACGACACCAGGAGGUAGUCGUCGGGGACGGAGGUUGAGUCGGAGGUACUCCGUGAACUCACUCAGAAACGAUUUCUUAACUCGGUUACCUGAUAAGGUCCGUUCGACUGUUGAUAUCGAGUGUUCUUCUCCUUUCGCUCUACCGUCUAAGUCAUCCGAAUCCUUAACUCCAGGUGAAAAGGAGUAUUAUGAAAAGCAAUUUGCAACACUGAAAUCAUUUGAGGAAGUCGAUGCUAUAGUUUCAUCUGAGGGAAUUGAUGAGGAGGACUUGGAUGAACAGCUUCAGCAAGAAAGAGCUAUGAAAAUUUCUAAUUACGCCAACAUUCUGUUACUGGCUAUUAAGAUCUUUGCCACAAUAGAGACUGGAUCUAUCGCCAUUGCUGCAUCCACCCUUGAUUCCUUGCUUGAUCUGAUGGCCGGUGGCAUCCUUUGGUUCACUCACCUGUCUAUGCAAAGCAUCAACAUAUACAAGUACCCUAUUGGUAAAUUGAGGGUGCAGCCUGUUGGUAUCAUUAUCUUUGCUGCAAUAAUGGCUACACUUGGCUUUCAGGUAUUGAUUCAGGCCGUAGAACAAUUAAUUGAGAACAAACCUCCUGAGAAGAUGUCAUCUCUUCAGUUGUUAUGGCUAUACGUAAUCAUGAUUAGUGCGACCGUUGUCAAACUUGCCUUGUGGUUAUACUGCAGAAGUUCUGGAAAUGAGAUCGUUCGUGCCUAUGCAAAGGAUCAUUACUUUGAUGUGGUAACAAACGUAGUUGGAUUAGUUGCUGCAGUUCUUGGUGAUAUGUUCUACUGGUGGAUUGAUCCUGUUGGUGCUAUUAUUCUUGCUGUUUAUACGAUUGUAAACUGGUCUGGAACUGUUUUGGAAAAUGCAGUUUCAUUAGUGGGACAAUCGGCACCUCCUGAAGUCCUGCAAAAGCUGACUUAUCUCGUUACAAGGCAUCCUCAAGUCAAGCGAGUUGACACAGUUCGCGCAUACACAUUUGGAGUCCUGUACUUUGUAGAGGUUGAUAUCGAACUCCCAGAAGAUUUAUCAUUGAAAGAAGCUCAUGCAAUCGGAGAAACACUACAAAUAAAGAUUGAAAAACUUCCGGAGGUGGAACGGGCGUUUGUUCAUCUAGACUUCGAAUGCACUCAUAAACCGGAGCACAAUGUUCUGACCCGGCUUCCCAACAGCGACCCUUGACAUGGUUUUAUGCAUGCUCUUGAACCAAAUCUGUAUGGUUUUUUUGGGUGAUGAGUAAUAGAUUUCUAAUUGUAUUCGUUGGGCUCUUUGAAGUGUAAAUCUUUUUGCUGCAGACAAAUAAGCUCUAAUUUAUACCUGAAUACAAACU